AUGACUGAUCCGAUUUCGAUUACCGGUAGCGUGGUGGGUAUCCUCUCGCUUGGCAUCCAAAUCACGCAAGCCCUUGUCAAGUAUUACACCUCUUACAGUGGGCGCAACUCCGAGAUUGACCAUACAUUGAGGAGAUUGACCUCCUUAGUCGGCCUACUAGAGCUUCUUGAGCGUGAGAUAAAUAAACGGGGUGUCGAUGAACGAGAUAUUGUCCAUUUGAUUGAGGAAUCCAUCGAUGAUUGUCAAGAGUCAAUCCACGAGCUUCAAGAUGAGUACAAGAAAUUUGUAAUACCGUCUAGCGGUGACUUCAAAGCUGCGACAAGAUUUGCAGGUCGAAAAAUGACAUAUCCUUUCCGACAAAGUACUCACCAAAGGCUUCGUGAGAACAUUGCCGAUAUAUCCGAUCAGCUCUCGUCAGCAAUGGAUGUCUUACAAUUGCAGGACAACCGGACGCUUUCGGACAACGUGGCGGAAGUGACCAAUCUCCUGGAGUUGGUCAGAUGUGAUCAGGUAUCGAAGAACCUACAAGAUUGGCUGAAUGCACCGGAUGCUGCUGUCAAUCACAAUGCUGCAGGUCUGAAAAGGAAUCCCGGUUCUGGAGCAUGGCUUCUCAACGACGAUCGUUUCCUUAAGUGGUCACGCGGUGAGCUACAUCUAUUAUGGAUCAAUGGCUUUGCAGGCUCGGGAAAAUCAAUUUUAUUUUUCACGGCAGUUCAGUCUCUUCUCCGCCGUCGGAGCUCUGAUACUUCUGUUGGCGUUGCCUUUUUCUACUUUUCAUUUACAGACAAAGCGAAACAAGAUGAAAACGGUAUGCUAAAGGCAUUGCUCUUGCAACUGUCUUCUCAGCUUCAGAAUGACAACACUGAUCUUCAGCAAUUGUACAGUCGGUAUGAGAAGACAUCACCUCCCUCUUAUAUUCUGCAAGAGUAUCUGCAGCGCUUAAUUGGAAGAUUUGAGCACGUCUACAUCAUGCUGGACGCUGUUGACGAAAGUCCUCGAUAUGAAGCACGUUCCGACUUACUUGACACUUUAGUGUCUCUCAAAUCCUCAAAUGUGGAUCAUCUUCAUAUUCUUGUAACGAGUCGGGACGAGCCAGAUAUCCGCGAAGUACUCAAUGUUCACAUUGAUCAGGAGAUUCCGAUGCGAAAUUCAGGGAUUGAGGGAGAUAUCAGCAAAUCCAUCUCAGAUCGACUCAAUUCUGAUCAAAAAUUACAGAAGUUUCGAUGGGUGGAGUGUCAAUUCAGGUCUCUAUCGGCGUGUCCACGUAGCGAAUAUUAUCUCAAUUCCCUGCUUGACUCCCUUCCCGAGUCACUGGAUGAAACAUAUGAACGAAUGCUAAGCAACAUAGCGACCACUUUACGCGGAGAUGCUCGACGGAUCCUAAGCUUAAUUUGCUUUGCCGAAAGACCGCUAACAGUACAAGAAGUAAUAGACGCCAUUGCUGUGAAAACAGCAGAGCCUCAUGCUGGGCUCGACCGAAGUCGUCAGCUUUUUGACUUCAGUGACAUCCAACAAAUAUGCCCAGGGUUCCUUGAUAUUGUGUUAGAAGAAGAUCAGAGGGCAACAUAUCUCAAGACCGACAGGCCCGAGGUUCCAAUCGUAAGAGUCGCACAUUUUUCGGUCAAAGAGUACCUGAUCUCAGAUCGUAUCCUAAAAGGUACCGUUUCUGAGUUUCACAUCAAUAGCGAUCGAGCACACUCCGAGAUCGCGAAGAUGUGCGUGCUGUAUGUGCUCGAGCCAGAGAUUCAAGUGAAUCCCACGCAAGAUCCAGAGCCCAUUACCCUGGCAGCCGACAAGGCGAAAGAAGCAGAAUUCCCUUUCAUAGGGUACGCGGCAGUUCAUUGGGGCGCCCACUACGAGUAUAUAACACACGCGGACAUAUAUCUGAAUACUCUUUUGUACAAUCUCCUGUAUCAGAGACAAUCGCGCUAUAUUUGGGCAAGAUGGCGAGGAAGAUCUCUCUCUUAUGACCCUGAAUUAUCAGCACGGGAAGAAGAAGCUCUAAAAAUCGAGUCACAAAACCCAAUCUACUACAUUGCCCACUUAGGUUUUGAGAAAGUAUCACGAACUUUGGCUACCGUUCAAUUCAUAGACUUUUUGCCCUCGUUAAUUGACAUGCCUAGAAAACACACCAAAUUGUAUCGUCUCAUCAAUGCACGGAGCGGAAUAUUUGGCGACGCGUUACAGGCGGCAUCACAUGGGGGCCAUCUGGGAGUUGUUGAAUUCCUUCUUGAACAAAAUGUUAAUAUCGACGGCCAAGGCAGUGAGCACAUCAUACCGGGUGAACUCCAGCUUAUCGAAACCGAACAAGAAUUGUAUGCUUGUCCGCUAUCAGCAGCUGCAACAAAGGGGAAUUUGAAUGUAGUCAGACUCUUACUUGCGAAAGGUGCGAAUGUUAAUGCUCAAACACAACGCUUGGGUAGCGCACUCCACAUGGCGGCGUUUUGUGGCAAUCUAGGCAUGAUAAACAUUCUGAUCGAUCAUGGUGCCAACGUGAAUGCUCAAUGUUCGGUGUAUGGUAGUGUGCUAACAAAAGCGUAUGUGAAUGAAGAGGUCGUGCAAAUAUUGAUCGCAAAUGGUGCUGAGGUGCAAGCAUAUCAAAAUUUCGUGUUGCGAAAAGCUGUCCAAGAACAUGACUUAUCUGUUGUGCGACUCUUAGUCAAAAGCGGAGCGAAUAGCCACCAACGGAUAAAUCCUUCUACUCGUACUAUACUAGAAGUCGUAGCGUAUUUUGGAGACAUUGAGAUACUGCAAGUCAUCAUUGAGAGUGAGAUGAGUAAGGCAAGCAACUACGAUAGCCAUCUACGGGAAACCCUCCUUGGAAUUUAUGAAAAAGCAUUGAAAAGCACAAUACGCGAGAAAAUCGUAUACUUUGACUGGAUAGACGCAUAUAGUAGUACGCUCUUCCCUGGAGAGCUCUUGGAUAUUGACUUUUCCCGCAACUGGGAUAUAAGAUAUGCGCCGUCAAAAUCACCGACAGAGGACAAUCAUCACAUACAAUCAGAAUCACAGCAAAUCUUAAGUGCAGAGGAAAUUGAAGAUUUAAGGACAGAUGAUUCCUCUCGCGCUGAGCUAUGGUCUUUCUCUGCUGCUUCGAUCAGAGACUGCUACAAGAAGGUCAUACAGCUUUUACUUGAACAAGGCGCAAACAUGGAAAAGGCCUUGGAGGAAGUCCCAGAUGAAAUAGUGCAAGUGCUACGUGAAGAAGGUUUCAUCCCAGAUUCAGGAGGUGCUACAGAAGCACAGGAUGAUACCGAUGAUCAGGUCCAACAAACAGUAUAA